AUGGCCUUAGAAGAUAUAGUGAAGAGUCUUGCCACGAGCACCCAAGCAUUCCAGACCGAAACUAGACCCAAUAUCAAGAAUCUGGACCAACAGGUGUCUCAACUUGCCACUUCUGUGGGUCGUCUGGAGUCUCAAGGAAAGUUACCAGGGCAUACUGAAAACAAUCCAAAGCAUAAUGUGAGUGCUAUUUUCUUGAGAAGCGGGAAGACAUAUGAAGGCCCGAGCUCAUCUGAACCAGAAAACAAAGAAGCUGAAGAGUUUGAAGAGGUGUUGGUUGAAGAAGAAUCGGAAAAGCUGGAAGAAAAAGAAACUCCAACACUACCCAAGCCAAUUCUAAAGGAGUACAAGCCACUACCUCCAUUCCCAUCAAGACUGAAGAGCAUAAAACACGAGCGUGCAGAUGAGGACAUCAUGGACAUUUUUCGCAAAGUAGAGGUAAACAUCCCGUUACUUGAUGUUAUAAAACACAUUCCUUGUUAUGCUAAGUUUUUAAAAGAAUUGUGUGUUUCAAAGAAAAAAUUGAAAUCUAAUGAAACAAUUAAAGCUGGUGAAAAUAUUUCUUUAAUUUUAAAAAAAGGUUUGCCUCCAAAGUACAAGGAUCCGGGGAUUUUCUCAGUUCCUUGUAAAUUGGGGAAACUUUAUUUUCCAAAAGCCAUGCUUGAUUUAGGAGCUUCAGUUAAUGACCUUCCCUAUUCUAUUUUUGAAAAAUUAAAAAUGGGAUCUUUGCAAAAGACCGAGACCAUCAUCCAGUUGGCGGAUCAUUCAACAGUACACCCAAAAGGUGUACUUGAGGAUGUCCUUGUCCAAGUCGGUGGGCUUAUUUUUCCCGCUGAUUUUUCUAUUUUGGAAAUGGGAAACUUGGACACUUCAGAUUCAAACUCUAUUAUUUUGGGAAUACCUUUUAUGAAAACUGCAAAAACAAAAAUUGAUGUUUUUGCUGGUACACUUUCAAUGGAGUUUGAUGAGGAAGUUGUGAACUUUAAAAUUAAUAAUGAUGAUUUUCCUUCUGAAAAUAUUUCUAUCAAUUAUAUGGGCACCAGCAGUCCUUUGUUAGAGGAUUGCUGCCAGUGUUCUAAUGUCUUUGUGCAAGAAAAAUUUUUAGACAGGAAUUCAUCUGAUAGUAUAUCCAAGGAGCUGGCAGAAGAUAAGCUUGGGGAGGUGGAAGAAGUUGAGAUGACAUUUGCUACGGAAGAAGAAUCAAAUAAAAAUCUGAAAAGGAAAAUGUUUUUGGACAAAGAAGAGGUGAGAGAUGUGAUUUCAGAUAUGAAUCUGAAACGAAAAGAAUUUGAAGAGAAUAAUUUUGGGAAGAAGUCUGAAAGUAAUUUGAAAGAUAUAUUUGAAGACAAUCUGGAUUCUUUUCAGUCUGUUGAGCAAGUUCUAGAUCCACCAAUAUUGCCAUAUUUGAAGGGAUCUGGAGUUACAAGAAAAACAGUUGAGCUUCAAAGAAGUCCCAACCACACCAGUUAA